AUGGCUGCCUCAUCGUACGCUAUGCAAUCAAUCCUGGCUAACCCUAUGAUCAGCAUAUCCAGCGGGUCGAGGGUGAACCACUUUGGUAUUCCUGCUAUGUACAGGAGAAGGAAUGUUAGCCUGAGAGUUAGGUCCAUGGCUGAGGAUGACCAACAGAGUGAGCCAGCAACCCCAGUUACACCACCAUCAGUAGAACCCGUGCAACAACCAGCCUCUACUCGUUCACCAAAGGUGAGCACCAAGUUCUCAGAUGUGUUGGCAUUCAGUGGGCCAGCGCCUGAGAGAAUCAAUGGAAGGCUGGCCAUGAUUGGGUUUGUAUCUGCAAUAGCAGUGGAAGUAGCCAAAGGGCAGGGUGUCUUUGAGCAAAUAUCCGAUGGUGGCAUUCCAUGGUUCUUGGGUACAAGUGUGGUUCUUACCCUUGCUUCCUUGAUUCCACUCUUCCAAGGUGUCAGUGUGGAGUCUAAGUCUAAAGGGUUUAUGUCCUCAGAUGCAGAACUAUGGAAUGGGAGAUUUGCUAUGUUGGGUUUGAUAGCCCUGGCUUUUACCGAGUAUGUCAAGGGAGGUACCCUGGUGUAA